AUGGCCGCGCCGCUGCGGGAGCCGCUGCUGCCCAGGCACGCCCCGAAGGUGGCCGCGAAGGACAUCACCACAACCGUCGCUGCCUUCGUGUGUUUCGUCUUGGUGAGGAGCGUUCACCCCAUCGUAAUCGACAUCUCGAAGACCGAUGGUCGCCUGGCUUACGCGAAGGCGUCUCCCUGCGUCGUCAACUCUGCGGUGGACGUCUUCGUCGGCAACGCUAUCGCGCUGCUCUUGGGAGGCACCCAAGGCCUGAGGCAGUGCUGGGAGCCGACGUCGCUGAAGGUGUUCUCCGCCAUCGCCGUGCUGUACGCCUUCGGCGACUUUUUGGAGAUGGUGUCCAUGUCUGUUAUGGCAGUCCGUGGGGUGCAGAGGACCCUCGCAAUCUCUGCGGUCUGGGAGCUCGCUGCGCGGCGGGCUACGGUGCACCUGAGGGCCAGCGGCGCCCGCGACGCGCUUGCCCGAUGGGGGCGCCCGUUCAUGGGAAGAAGCCGCCUGGCGUCGAGCCUGGACCUGGCUCUGCAGUGCCUGGCUCUGCGGGGCCGUGGGCCGUCGGGCACCGCGGGCGCGUCGUGGGAGCUCGAGGACAGCGUGGCGGGGGCCGUGCCCGCGCGCGGGCUCGCGCCGCAGCGGGAGUGGCAGGAAGAGGGGUGGGAAGAUCGCGUGCGCGCCCUGAUCGGCUGCCGGGUGAUGCUCCAGGACCGGGCUCGCCGCCUCUGCUCCGCGCGACGGCUCAGUGCCGCGGGCGGGGCACGCGGUUGCUUUCCAUUGGUGGGCCUGGGGUGGCUGUCGGACCAAGGCGAGUACGACAAGGGGCUCCAGCGGUUCUGCGACCGUUGCGCACGGGGCGCCGUCUCGCGCGGCCGCGAGCCGAAGCCGAAGCCAGAGACGCCCAGGGCGCCGACGCGCUCCCCCAGGGGCCCCUCGGGGGAGCGCGGCGCCGAAGGCGCCUUCGCCGGUGGCUCGCCGCGGCGCGUUCGCCGCCGCCCAGCGGCGCCGCGGCCGCAGGCGCUGGCGAGGCGCGAGCGGGUGCGCCCCAGGGCGGCCGAGCGGAAACUCCAGCGACGCAGCUCCGCUCGCGAGGAGCUGCUCGGCCCCCUCGCGAGCCGCCGCCGAGCUGCCUGCGUGGUGAUGUCCGAGGACCGCGCAGGCGGGCUCCUGGUCGAGGAACGCGCCGAGGCUGCGUCGGGGCCCCGGCGGUCCCGGGUCCGCGCGGCAGGCCGCCUUGAUUUCCAGCAGGCGCUGGACCAGGGCGGCACUGUUUGA